UUCAGCUCCUUCUUCAACCUCUCGACGGCGCUUCUCCUCGAGCUCUUCCCGUUCCAGCUAGCUCUCCCUCGCUCCCUCCUACUUUGCCUGCUACCUAGCUAGCUCCUUGGCCGGAGCUGCGCGCUAAGUUUGGGCAGCACCUUCUUCAGUUGGAGAAGAAGCCAGCAGCUGCGAGCAAUGAGGGCGGACAUGGGAGAUCAGAGGAGGUCAAGGCAUGGCCAUUUCAAAGCUGUUGGUUUCGGAGCAGCAGCAGGAGGAGGAGCACAACAUGUAGAGCAUGAUCAGGAGAAGCUCAAGGAUAAGAAGCUGGACAUGAGUGGUUUGUCCAUGGACACCAUCCCACACAUCACCAUGUCUCUCGGCCACAUCACCACCUUGGACCUCUCCAACAACAAUCUCGAGAGCAUUCCAGAGUCAAUGAUCGCGCGGCUGCUGAACGUGGUGGUCCUGGACGUGCGCUCCAACCAGCUCAAGUCCCUGCCAAACUCCAUCGGCUGCCUCUCCAAGCUCCGCGUCCUCAACGUCUCCGGCAACCUCCUCGAGUCCCUGCCAUCCACCAUCGAGGAAUGCCGUGCCCUGGAGGACCUGAACGCCAACUUCAACCAGCUGACGGGUCUGCCGGACACGCUAGGCUUUGAGCUCCACAACAUCCGCAAGCUCUCCGUCAACUCCAACAAGCUCGCCAGCCUCCCCUUCUCCACCAACCACAUGACGUCUCUUCGGGCCCUUGACGCGCGCCUCAACUGCCUCCGCUCACUCCCGGAUGGCCUCGAGAACCUCGUCAACCUCGAGGUGCUCAACGUCAGCCAGAACUUCCACUUCCUGCGGGAUCUGCCCUACGGCCUGGGCCUCCUCACCUCGCUCCGGGAGCUCGACAUCAGCUACAACUCCAUCUCCGUGCUCCCAGACUCCAUGGGCUGCCUGGCCAAGCUCAACAAGUUCAGUGCGGUGGGAAACCCGCUCGUCUGCCCGCCCAUGGAUGUCAUCGAGCAGAGCCUCGACGCCAUGCGGACCUACCUCACUGCCAGGAUGAACGGCACUGGCGUGAACGCUGAAAAGAAGAAGGGGUGGCUGCCCAGGCAGCUGGUGAAGUAUAACACCUUCUCCGCCAGGAUGAAUAUGACGCCUGGUCGAAAGGGUGUUAUGACCCCUGGUCGCAAGAGUGUCCAUGACAACUCGGAGGGAUUCUUGAUGUCAGAUUAUCGGACGCUCAACGGCGUCGGGUCGCCAGGGUUUCUCUCCAUGCUGUCGCCUCGACGGCUCUUCUCGCCUCGGAGGAAUUCACCCAAGCAUCAAUAAAUGUGAUAACAUGUUUGCAUGUUGUUUGCUCCUUCAAGUAUUCAGAUGAGAUUCUCGUAGGUCCUGCUGUUUCUGCAGGUGUGUACAUAUGUCUGAAGAGGUAUGUAUAUGCAGUAAUGUAUAGUAGUACAGUAGGGCAUUGAUGUACAUACAGACUAAAGGGGUGCUUUUAUCGCUAUGAAUGCUUUUGUAAGUGAAGUGUAUUUUGAGUAAGAAUUGUAACCCUCUAGAUGUUGAAUAAACAUAAAGUUUGAGGGCUU